GGUUCACAUUGGUGUCCCCCGCUACGUUCCUUUUUUGCCUUCCCGCUUCUGCGCAGCUCGACCCGGCCAAAGCCAUCCAGCCUGCCCCCUGUGUGUCUUGCCCCUUGUGAGCAGCAUGUCUGAAUACGGCGGUCUGCCGACUAAUGGAGUCGGCGCUGGGAUGAAAAAUGAUGCUUUUGCUGAUGCUGUACAACGAGCCAGACAGAUUGCAGCUAAAAUUGGCGGAGACGGUGUUCCCACAGCAAGUAACAACGGAGGAGCUGAGAAUUAUCCAUUCACAGCACAGAAACGAUCCUUGGAAGAAGCAGAUGAACCUGAUGCCAAGAAGGUAGCAUCACAGAGUGAAAGAGAUUCUGCAUUGUCUAUUGGAGCUCAGCUGGCUGCCCUGUCCCAACAAAGUGUCAGGCCCUCCACAAUGACAGAAGAGUACAGAGUGCCUGAUGGCAUGGUUGGCCUCAUCAUCGGCCGAGGAGGUGAACAGAUUAACAAAAUACAACAGGAUUCUGGCUGCAAGGUCCAGAUUGCUCAUGACAGUGCUGGUCUUCCAGAGAGAAGUGUGUCUCUGACAGGGUCACCAGAUGCCAUACAGAGAGCCAAAGCACUUAUAGAUGACAUAGUGUCCAGGGGUCACGAAUCAUCCAAUGGGCAGGCAGGUUCCAUGCAGGAGAUGAUCAUCCCUGCAGGCAAGGCCGGCCUCAUUAUAGGCAAAGGAGGAGAGACCAUCAAACAGCUACAGGAGCGAGCUGGAGUUAAAAUGAUUCUUAUUCAAGAUGGAUCUCAGCCACCUAACAUAGAUAAACCCCUACGCAUCAUUGGAGACCCCUACAAAGUGCAGCAAGCAAAGGAGAUGGUCAAUGAGAUUCUACGGGAAAGGGAUCACGCUGGCUUUGGAGACAGGAACGAAUACGGAUCAAGGAUGGGAGGAGGUGGUGGUGGCGGCGGCGGUGGCGGCGGCAUUGACAUAGCUGUGCCCCGCCACUCUGUGGGAGUUGUGAUUGGCCGUAACGGGGAGAUGAUUAAGAAGAUCCAGAGCGAUGCCGGUGUAAAAAUACAGUUUAAACCAGAUGAUGGUACGGGUCCUGAUAAAAUAGCCCAUAUUAUGGGUCCACCAGACCAGUGUCAGCAUGCUGCUUCAGUCAUCACUGACCUGCUACAGAGCAUCCGUGCCAGAGAGGAGGGUGGACAGGGGGGCCCCCCAGGUCCUGGUGCAGGGAUGCCGCCUGGUGGGCGUGGGCGUGGUAGAGGCCAGGGGAACUGGGGUCCUCCAGGAGGAGAGAUGACCUUCUCCAUUCCUGCUCACAAAUGCGGGCUUGUCAUUGGCAGAGGAGGAGAGAAUGUCAAGUCCAUCAACCAACAGACUGGUGCAUUUGUGGAAAUAUCUCGUCAACCACCACCAAACGGUGACCCAAACUUCAAACUGUUCAUCAUCCGAGGGUCCCCGCAACAGAUUGAUCAUGCAAAACAGCUCAUAGAAGAGAAGAUUGAGGGUCCACUGUGUCCAGUGGGUGGUGGUCCUGGUCCAGGAGGCCCAGGUGGUCCGAUGGGUCCCUAUAACCCCAACCCAUAUAAUGCAGGGCCUCCUGGUGGUGCUCCCCAUGGAGCCGCACCUGGUGGUCCCCAGUACUGUCCUCAGGGUUGGGGAAAUACCUACCAGCAGUGGCAAGCCCCAGGUCCACAUGACCCAAGUAAAGCGGCAGCAGACCCAAAUGCAGCAUGGGCUGCGUAUUACGCACAAUACUAUGGCCAACAGCCAGGGGGUGCGAUGCCAGCCCAGACUCCAGGAGCUCCUGCAGCAGCAGCACCUGGGGACCAGAGCCAAGCAGCACAGACCUCUGGAGGCCAGCCAGACUACACAAAGGCUUGGGAGGAGUACUAUAAGAAGAUGGGCAUGACCCAGCCAGCUGGAGGGGCAGCAGCUGCUCCAGGCGCAGCAGCCGCAGCCGCAGCAGGAGGAGCUGCUGCUGGAGGCCAGCAGGACUACAGUGCAGCCUGGGCUGAGUACUACAGACAGCAGGCUGCCUAUUAUGGACAGGCAGGGCAGGCUCCUGGACAGGCAGCUGCUCAACAGCAGGGACAACAGGCCCAGUAAACAAGUGGCUUGGUCUGUUGGAUGGUUUCGAUGGUUCUCUGGAUUUGUUUGUUUUUUCUGUCAAGAGAUUUCCUUUUUGGCUUUAAUAAGACAAGACCAUGGUUUACUCAUCCACCCAGACAUUUUCUAUUCCAAACCUCCUUGUUUGUUUUUUAAAGUCAAAAUUGAAGAAAGGAAAAAGGGAAUUUGCCCAUGCAUUGAACAAAGCACUAAACUACUUCAGUUACUAUUCAGUUUGCCCCUUCACCUCACACACACCUUGUAAUACAUCUGAUAGUUUUUUAAAAAUGUGAAAUAAUAAGCAUUUUGCUUGUAAGCUAGCACAACAGCAUCUCAACACAGACUCACAUUUAAGUGGUUUUCCCCUUCAAUUUCCUGAGGGUAAAAACUGUCAAGCAGUAUUUUGAAUAUAUUCAAAAAUUAUGUUUGUAAGAAAGACAAUUGCAAAAUUUUUGGUCCUUUUUUUUUUUUUUUUUUUUUUUU